AUGGAUAGGAUUCUAGACGCUACGGGCCCACAGCAGUCGUAUAGCCAUGCGCGUGCCCCUGAUUCGAAUGAUAUUGCCAGAUACUACCAUCGCAAGGAGCAUUUCCAGGGGAUCUGCCUGAUCGCCAAACGGCUGAAUCAGACACGUCUGCUUGCCCUACCUCUUGGGCGCUGUCGACCGAAUCUCUUCUCAAGACUGUCACAAGCUUUCGCGCCAGCCAUCAGCAUUGCGAGAAUGCAUUAUCGCAACUCUUCAUCCCUGAUGACAUUCACGUUCACACUUGUUUCACUCUUGUUAUUGGUCAUUCACCUGGAGCUGCAGCAUGCAGCAGCCGAAGCUGGCCGAUCUGAUGGUCAAAACUCCAAUCAUGGACUGAAAAAAGGUGUCGACUCGCAAAGCAAGAAGCGCGGUCGCGGGAAGAAACAAUUGGCAAACUUGGAGGCAGCACCUCAGCGACCACUUCAACGGGUCUUUCACCUGCAGUUAAAGGCCUUGACUUUUUUUCCGCAUGACGCAGGCAAUGCGACACGCAAAUGUUACAACGCAACGUUCUUGAUCGAGUAUAUCGGUCCAUUAGCGACGGACGAAGCAGUCUGCGCAACCGAAAAGCCUUCCAAGAUAAAAGCCUUCCAAGAUUCAAUGCAGAGGACUCAACAUGAAGCUUACGAAGCGAAGCAAGUCCGGUCCUUCUCUAGAGAUGUUUCACAGAAGACUUGCAUCCAGAGCCCCAGGCUUGAUAUCAAAUACUUUUCCAAGACCUCUGUCAUUUCGGGUUCAUGUGCAAUCAACUGUCACUGCACCAUUCUCAACUACUUCGAGCGUAUCAAGAUGCCAAAAUUGAGAUACAAGGGUGGUCAUUUUCGAGCUGUCGCCUUCCAAACCAAAGUCUUACUGGAGUCAAGUUCCAGCGUUAUCCGGAGACCCUCCGGAACCGACUGGCAAACCAGCCCUAGAUUGUCAUUACGAGGAUCUGUUCGAAAAAGUAGGUCAAGUGGCAGGUCGGAUGUGAUGUUGAGUGGGGUAAUUUUUGCUUCUGUGAGCGAAGGCUACAACCAAAGAAACAUCACUUUGUUCCUGGACUAUGUGGAGAAGGUCCGAAACCACCCAAAGAAUUCAAGGGAUCCAAAAAAAGCAGCUCAGGAGCGAAGUUGGAUACUUCGAGGCCAGCCGGCUCUGACCAGUCGUCAGAGCAUUGCCUCGCGCCUGCUACCCCGCGGAGUUACUCCUGCCGAUAAUCCAGCUCACGCAGACGCGUCAAGUUCAGGCCAAGCCGCAUUGGCGGGCAACAGUGCAGAACCUGCCACGGCAGACCUGCGACUAGAUCCAAAUGACUGGGAGGAAUGGAUAGCAACAAUGUCGAAUGUGGAGCAGAAUCCAACGACCGGACUACCAGUAGAUCGGAACGUCUUGACAAUGCAGUCUUGCAUCAAUCAUGGUCUCUUCAACCAUCCAGGGUUUGAACAACCGCAUGCAGAUAUAUGCGUUGCUCCGAGCCAUGAUGUCCAGAGGCAAGGGGUUUGGAGCAAGGAACUGAUGGAAAUCAAGAUGAUGAUAUCGCCGGCUACGCUGAUCACUUUUUCGGCUGAGCCGCCCGCCUUUAUCUAAUGGAAGAGUUUCUUCUCCAGCCGCAGAUCAUUGAAUUUCUACCUAGCCCUGGGAUUCAGCACCCUCGAACCUACUGUCGGAGGUGAUGCUCGUCCAGGCAUCAACUUUGAUACCUUGCUUUUAUCGUUCAGCGUAACGCACGCAUUUGAGUUGGAGUGACGCCCCUAAUUAGCUCCAGAUGUCGU